UUUAUUACGACUCCGCUUACAGCGACCGACCGCUUUUAACGACGGUAUAUCACAUAAAAUUAUCCGGUUACAACGACGAUGAGCGUUGACGUGUUUACAAAUAAAUCGUAGGUAUGAAACUAUCUCCGCUUGACACCCCCCCUUGCUUGCACGUCAGUGAUUCGUGUGUGACCGUUUAGUUCUCAGCGUUAAUUAGCGGGUGAUGCGUAGUUUGGCGUACAAAAAUGGCUUCUAUAAAACGAAAAAGUUUCUCUGUUGAAGAAAAAAGUGUUAUAAUACAACGUUUAGAAGCUGGCGAGUCGAAUGCAACGAUUGCGAAGGAAUUCGGUGUAAAUCAUUCGACAAUAUCAACAAUUAAGAAAAAUAAACACAAAAUAGAACCUUUGUUCAAUGCGAAUGUUUUAAAACCUAAACGUGUGAGGUUAUCGUCUCAAGAACAAGUGGACUCGGCACUUUUACAAUGGUUUAAGCUGCAGCGUAAUCGUGGAAUACCCGUAAAUGGGCCUAUGCUUCAACAAAAAGCUACUUUUUUCGCUAAAGAGCUAAAGAUUCUGAAUUUUGAUUGUUCGGCGAGUUGGAUUAACCGUUUCAAGAAGAGACACAAUAUUGUUGCCGGAAAAAUUGCUGGUGAGUCUUUGUCGGUUGAACAGAGCGAUGUAACAGAGUGGCUAAGCAAAGUUUGGCCUAAUUUGCGGAAAAAAUUUAGUGACGAUGAAAUAUUUAACGCAGAUGAAACAGGAUUAUUCUUUAAAUUAACGCCAGAUAAAACAUUAAAAUUUAGAGGCGAAAAAUGCUCAGGAGGAAAACUUUCGAAAGACAGAAUAACUGUGAUGGUUGCAGCUAACAUGAGUGGCACGAUAAAAAAGAAGUUGUUAAUUAUUGGCAAGUCAAAGAACCCACGAUGUUUCAAAAAUGUACGAUCUCUCCCGGUAGAUUAUGAAAGCAAUCACAAAGCCUGGAUGACAUCUGAUAUUUUUAUCAAAUGGGUACGCGACUGGGAUCGUGAACUGACUAAAAAGAAUAAAAAGAUCCUGCUUCUAGUUGACAAUUGUCCAGCUCAUCCCCAGAUCAGCGAUUUGAGAAGCAUAACUCUAUUUUUUCUGCCACCGAACACAACAUCUGUAUUACAACCUAUGGACCAAGGAAUAAUUCGAGUGUUAAAAUCAAACUUUCGUAAAAACCUGGUUCUAAAAAUUAUCGCUAAUCUUGAUGCAAAUGAAAACACCAGCAGUGCCAAACAUCCGAAGAUCACAAUACUGGAUGCUAUUCUAAUGAUUUACGACGCAUGGAAUAAGCUUACAUCAGCGACGAUUUUCAACUGUUAUAGACACGCUGGAUUUGUCCAAGACAGUCUCAGUGUUGUUUCCGCCAGCGAUGACGAUGAUGAUUUGCCGCUGUCUAUCUGGGCGAGAGCGUUGGAUAAAGGACUUCCCAUGGGAAAUGAAGAACUUGAACAAUAUUCUGCUAUUGAUGAUGAUCUCGCAACUUGUGAGGAGCCGACUGACGAAAAUAUUCUACAAAGUGUUAUCGACAACGGUCAAGAUAGCGACGAUAAUGACGACGACGGCCUGGAAGAAAAUUGUACCACUCCGACUUUAUCUGAAGCUCUAAAAGCUGCAGAAGUGCUGAAUGUGUUUGUGCAUUCUAAUUUUGAAGAUGACAAUAUGAAAAAAAUGAUGUCUUGUUUGCAUAACCGAAUCCGUACUUCUUACUAUAGAAAUAAAAGCCAAAAACAAUCAAAAAUUACAGACUUUUUGCACUAGAUAUUUUGUCAUUUGUUAUGUAGAUUAUAUUAGAGAUGUACAUCAUGUACGCGCACGGUUAUUUUGCUAUCCUACCUUAGACAUUGAAGUACAUUUUUGAAUUAAUGUUACUUUUAUUUUCAUUACAAUAAUACAUUAUGUGAAAUACAUACAUAUGUAAAAAAAUACAUAUUUUGAUUCAAAUGUUUUUUUUUUGUUUCUUUUGGUCACUUCCUUUAGUACGACUUCCGGUUAGUACGACCUAAUAUCACCGGUCCCUUCGCCGUCGUUAUAACCGGAUUCU